CUGAAUGUGUCACUGUUGAUUGAGCAGUAGAGGAAAAUGGCGACCGGCGUGAGACAGGAGCUCGCCCAGCUGAUGAACUCCAGUGGCUCUCAUAAAGAUCUGGCUGGGAAAUAUCGGCAAAUAUUAGAAAAAGCUCUUCAGUUUACUGAUGCAGAACAACUUGAGGCACUUAAAGCAUUUGUUGAAGCGAUGGUUAAUGAGAAUGUAAGCUUGGUUAUAUCCAGACAGCUGUUGACAGACUUUUGCACACACCUUCUAAACCUGCCAGACGUUACAGCAAAAACUGUUUGCCAUUUUACACUGGAAAAGAUUCAGCCCAGAGUUAUUUCAUUUGAAGAACAGGUGGCUUCAAUCAGACAACAUCUAGCCACAAUCUAUGAAAAAGAGGAGGACUGGCGGAACGCCGCACAGGUUCUUGUGGGCAUCCCUCUGGAGACGGGACAAAAACAGUACAAUGUGGACUACAAGUUGGACACCUAUCUGAAAAUCGCCCGUCUGUACUUGGAGGAUGAUGACCCGGUUCAGGCUGAGGCCUACAUCAACCGAGCUUCUUUACUUCAGAACGAAUCCACCAAUGAACAGCUGCAGAUUCACUACAAGGUGUGCUAUGCCAGAGUACUAGACUACCGGAGGAAGUUCAUUGAGGCUGCUCAGCGCUACAAUGAGCUUUCCUACAAAUCCAUUGUCCAUGAGACUGAACGUUUGGAAGCUUUGAAGCAUGCUCUUCAUUGCACUAUACUGGCCUCUGCAGGUCAGCAGCGUUCGCGUAUGUUGGCCACGCUGUUCAAGGACGAACGCUGUCAGCAACUUUCCGCCUAUGGCAUUCUGGAGAAGAUGUACCUGGAUCGAAUCAUUCGAGGAAAUCAACUGCAGGAGUUUGCCGCCAUGCUGAUGCCACAUCAGAAAGCCACCACAGCAGAUGGUUCAAGCAUCCUAGACCGAGCAGUCAUUGAGCACAACCUGCUUUCUGCUAGCAAACUAUACAACAACAUCACUUUUGAAGAGCUAGGAGCACUAUUAGAAAUUCCACCUGCAAAGGCAGAAAAGAUCGCCUCACAAAUGAUCACAGAGGGUCGCAUGAACGGCUUCAUUGACCAGAUAGACAGCAUUGUCCAUUUUGAAACGCGAGAGCCAUUGCCCACCUGGGACAAGCAGAUUCAGUCGCUGUGCUUCCAGGUGAAUAACCUGCUGGAGAAGAUCAGUCAGGCAGCACCAGAGUGGACGGCACAAGCUAUCGAGGCCCAGAUGACACAAUAAAGUCCCUUUAUCCCCUUCUAGCUACAUCCGUCGGCACACCCUAUAGGCAAAAUUAACAGCACCAUGAAAAGACUAUUGAACUUGAGCUCAUUCAUUAAGUUUAACCUCUCCCAUGAUUCUGUAUUAAGUUGGUUGUGAGGCAUUUCUGACAUUUGCAAAGACAGUCUGAGGCUUAAUAAACUGUGACCAUGUUUUCAUGUUUAUUUUCUGUCAGUUUUGAGCGCAAAACAGUCAAACUGUGAGAAAAAGGGUAUAUAUACUUUCAUAUACUGUCCUAAAAACUACCAUGUUUGGGAAAUCUGUUUGCAAGUCCAUUUGGUGCCGGUUGCAAGAAUCACACACUUUUUAAACAAUUUUCCUUACUUUAUUGAUUUUCUCCACAUGAACAGAUUGUCAAAAAAAUCAUUGAAAAUAAAUUUGCGAGUGAAAGGAA